UUGCUAAGUGAGGAUGUUCCCCCAAAGAAGAAGCUCGAUGAUAUUAUGCAUCUGGCUGAGCUGUGCAUUGAGGUUCUACAGCAGAAUGAGGAACAUCAUGCUGAGGCGUUUUCAUCGGCAUUUGCAUGGUUCAGUGACCUGCUGGUGGAGCAUGCAGAAAUAUUCUGGUCUCUCUUUGGAGUGGACAUGAACUCUGUUCUGGACACCCAGCCUCCGGACUCAUGGGAUAGCUUCCCUUUGUUCCAGUUACUCAACGACUAUCUCCGGACUGAUGAAAACCUUUGCAAUGGUAGUUUCCAUCAACAACUGAGGGAUGUGUUUGCACCACAAGUUGUUCGCUACGUGGACCUGAUGGAAUCCUCAAUAGCUCAGUCUAUACACAAGGGUUUUGAGAGGGAGAAGUGGGAGCCACAAGGGAAUGGGUGCUCCACAUCUGAAGACAUGCUGUGGAAGCUUGAUGCAUUGCAGUCUUUCAUUCGAGAUCUCCAUUGGCCAGAAGAAGUGUUUGCUGAGCAUCUAGACCACAGGCUGAAGCUGAUGGCAGCUGAUAUGAUUGAGGCAGCAGCAAAAAGAACCCUGAAAUGUUUUGAGUUCUGGCUGAGGAAAGGAGGAAAAAGCACUGACUACUUGGUGUUUCCCGAGAUGUGUAUAAUGAUGAAUGUUAUUAUUGACUGCAAGAACAAGGCUCUGCACCUUUGUGCUCUUGACCAUGGACAAAAUAUGCACCAGUACCACACAAAGAUUGAUGAAACACUGGAGAGGGCUCAAGUUGAGAUGGCCAGAUGCUUAAUUGAGAAACUGUUGUCGGUCCUGGAGAGUUUGUUGAGUAAGCUGGCUCGGUAUGAUGAAGGCACGUUCUUCGCCUCUUUGCUGUCAUUGACUAAACCUGUGAAUGAGUUGGGCAAAGCCUAUGUGGAUUUCAUGAGAGGAAAUUUGGACCAGAUGAGGAACAAAAUCAAUGAUGAACUGUACACACUGUCUUUGUUUGAGCAAUGGUACAAUGGUCAGAUGAAAAUGGUGUGUGACUGGUUGACUGACCGGCUGGACUUAUCUUUGCAUCCAUACCAGUUGACCUGUCUGAUGACCAUAAACAGGAAAUGCUUCUCAGAUUUUGAGCUGCAAGGAGUGCCAGAAAAUUCAUUGAACAGCAAAACUUACCAGACAAUUUGCAGCAGACUGCAGGUAGAGGAAGCCACCCAGUCUGUGACACAGUCAGAGAGUGGUGGAAGGACCUUCCUUAGCAAGCCUGCCAGUUCGUCAGCAAUCGGUGGUGAUGACUCAGACUAG